AGGAUAGGAAGAAUUACUUUUUCAAACAUGCACUCCGUACUGAAAUAUACAGGAAAGAAGUUCCCGAAGUCGAUAGUGAAUAAUAUAAUGCAGUACACUUCGCCAAGCCCAGAUCUUCCUGCACUGAAAUGGGGGAGAGAGAAUGAGACCACUGCUAGAGAGCACUACUCUACGCAGCAAAAGGAAAAGCACACUAGUUUUGAGACCCGUUUAUCUGGACUCAUAAUAAACCCAUUGUAUCCUUGGAUUGCUGCCAGUCCGGAUGGCAUUUCAUCUUGCGAUUGUUGCGGAACCAAAUUAUUGGAAAUCAAGUGUCCGUACAUGAUAAGGGAUAUUUCACCAGUCAGUGACGAGGCUUUGACCAAUCGCACCUACUGUCUCACUAAAGGGGUCGAUCAUCAAGUAAUGCUGUCAAGGAAUCACAAAUAUUACACACAAAUUCAGUGUCAGCUACUUGUGGCUGAUAUAGAUACAUGCGAUUUUGUUUGUUGGACAUCUGAUGGCAUGUUUGUUGAGAGUAUUUAUCGGGAUCAGAGCUAUUGUGAUAAGAUUUUAAACAAAUCUCAGUCAUUCUUUUGUGAGUACUUACUGCCAGAGCUGAUGACCCACCACUUCAAAGAACAGAAGGUGAUACAUAAAACCAUUACUGAUGAAGACAAAAUUUAUUGUUUUUGUAAGCAAGAGAAACCAGGGAGAAUGGUAGCCUGUGACAAUGAGGAUUGUGAUAUUGAAUGGUUUCACUAUGAAUGUGUCUCAAUCAAAAGAAAGCCCAAAGGAGAAUGGUUCUGCCCACAAUGUAGGACUAAAAAAUAA